AUGAGCAAAGAGGAUGAAAUAAAAAAUAUAGGUGAAAAUGGAAAAAAGAAAGAGAAUGAACCUUUAGUUAAAUGCCCUGAUUGCGGUGACUUAUUGCAGAAAUGUUUAAUUCAACAGAACUAUGCUAUGGUCAUAUGUCCUAAUGAAAAAUGUGAAUACCCAUUCAAUCAACAUGAGAUUGCUGAUAAUCUUGUAUAUGUGGAUGAUAACGAUAUACUGGAGGUGGCCAGACUGAGAUUAAGCAAGAAAUAG